UCCUACACUGCACACACUGCACCAAGCCCUAAUACUCAUCAUACACUGCACACACACACUGCACCUAGCCCUAAUACUGAUCAUACACUGCACACACACUGCACCUAGCCCUAAUACUAAUCCUAAACUGUAUACAUAUUGCACCUAGCCCUAAUACUGAUCCUACACUGUAUACAUUGUGCACCUAGACCUAAUAAUGAUCCUUUACUGUAUACAUUCUGCACCUAACCCUAGUACUGCUCCUAUGCUGCACACAUUCCCCACCUCACCUUAGUACUGACCCUACAUUGCAUUCAUACUGCACCCUGCUUCUAUGCUGCUUUUAUACUUCGCCUGGUAUCUAUAUCUGUCCAAUACUGCUCUUAUAUAAAACACAACCUCUAUGGCCACAUACUACUUGCAUACGCUUUUUAUUUUUAGCAUUUUUUCAAUCUAGGUUUUGGUCUGCCCUGUGCCUGCCAACCUGAGAGACUGCACCCAGCACUGAGCUGGCACACCCUCUCCCUAAUUCAACCUUGUGAUGAGUUACAAUGUUGUGGGGAGAAACAGGUAAGGAGAGCUCUGUAGCCCUCACUUUGGUACUGUGGGUCGACAGUGGGAUGAGGCCGGUUUGGUGCCCACUCUUUAAUAGCUGUAAUUUCGUGCUGCCCCUUCCUUUGCUUUAUAAAUAUAGAUGCAGGCUGUGACCAUUAGGGCCAUAGUAGUCACAUGUGACUGUAAAUUUCAUCACCAUGUGUUGGGGGUCGCUGAUCACAUACAGGAACCCCUCACUCUUCCUGUGCUCCACACACUUGUUAUGUCUCUACAAACUCAGAGAACAGGAAGGAGCAGGAUGGAUGAUGGAGCAAAUGAAAUGAGGAAGGCUCUGUGGUAUGUCCGCCCAGUAACCAACUCCUUCCUUUCAGGGAUGUAGUAGAUUGUUCUAGACAAGUAUCCUGGGAAUGGCUUCCUCUGCCCUGUCUGGGAGAAUGUCCUGCAGCUUGACGUGGCCAGAGCUUUCAAUACGAUUCCGGGUCUGCAUCUCUGGCAAACACUAGCUAUCAGGAUGCAGAGUGCUGGGACUUUAGACAAGGACUAUGUUCUUGUGGAGCAUGGAUUUGAGUACCUGGCUAAAGAUGGCAGUGUUAUCUCUAUAAAGCCUCAUGAGCGCUACAUUCUCCUGAAGAGGACCAAUGAGCACUGGUGGCAAGUCUGUCGAGACCAGAAGUCCAAGCCUUUUUAUAUCCCAGCAAAGUAUGUUAAGGUGCUAUCCUCCAACAGCUGGGGUUCCUAUGGGACUGGUGUGUGGGAGAAGUCGGAGGAUCUCGUACAACAUUCAACUUGUACCCAGUAUAGCUACACAUUUGUGGCCGCCGAGCCACAAGACACAGCAGGUAUUCCUCUGCUAUCUCCUGAUGGGCAACAAGAUGCAGCACUGUCCAGUCUACACAAGAUGGGCACUGCCAGUACGGGCAAUAUGCAGCUGCGCCAUCUGGUCACGACAGGAUCAUCUCGCUCUCUACUUGACCUUUCACAGUUGAGAAACAAUACAGUAAUGGAGCAGAGAAUGUCACAGGACAGUAUUAAUACCGACCACAAGUUGGGCCCAUUGAGAACUUUCCACAACUCCAAAAAAAUAAUGGAUCCACUAAAGCGGAUAAGCUUCAUGGGCCCCCCAGAUUUACCACCCAGGAUUCGACCCUCACAGUCUCUCAAUGACUUGCAGCUCAUAAAGACAAUGGCGCCCUCCUCGGAUCAUUUCCCCCUUGAAAGAGUUAAGAUACCAGAAAUCCAUCUUCACAUGGAAGAAGGGAACACUCAGCAAAGCAACGUGGCUGGCUCUGACACUUAUGGAGCAUCAGAAAAGGUGGUGAAUGAAGACGAGACUCCUUCUCCAUCUCCCAUUUAUGCCAACUUGGAAGACUUUCGUAGAGACAGACAGAGGCAAAGAACGUCCUCCCAGCAGCGCUACUCCACUAGCACCAUAGAGGACUGGGAAACCCACACUGAUAAGGGAAGUGGUCAACAGUUUUACUACAACUCUGUCACUGGGGAGACCACUUGGGAUUGUCCAUUUGACCAAACAGAGGAGGCACUUCAGUCACCAAUCUCUCCAGCCUCCCUGAGCCCUCUGUCUGGAGAAGUGGAGUGGGAGAAACAUUUUGAUGAAUCCAGUGGGCAGUUCUAUUUCUAUAAUUCAGUGACGAGAGAGACCUCCUGGGAUCCACCUCCUGAAAGUGAGCUGCAUCUUCCAGGGGAGAAGCCAAUGUUUUCCCCUUAUGGAUCAGUGGACAGAAGGCCUCCAACUCCAGAAGCCGACUAUCCUGAAUAUUCUCAUGACAACUUAGACAAUUAUCCAGAGGCAGAUUAUGAUGGACAUUUAAUACCCCCUCACCCCCAGCAAGCACCAACAAAUGGUCAGUUCUCAGGCUGGUCCUGUCAGAUCAAGGAUGGACAGAAACUGUAUAUCAACAACUACAGUGGUGAAAGGUGGCUGCAGUCUGAGGACCAGUACGGCAAGACAUAUUUCUACACUCCAGAUGGCUCCAACUCCCAGUGGAAGCUGCCACAGCUUGGACCCUCAGAACUACAGACCGGAAGCAGUGACCUCGAUCAGAAUAGCAAUGUCUUUACCACCUGGCAACACAAUUUUACUGCAAUUUCCCUGCCGAAACAGACAGAGACAAAAGGUCUGGAGAAAGCGGGAGUUCUACACAAGACCAAGAUCACUGAGAACGGGAAGAGGAUGCGGAAAAACUGGAGCUCAUCCUGGACUGUGCUGGAAGGAGGAAUACUGACAUUCUUCAAGGAUACGAAAAACCUUUCAUCCAACAGCAUGAAGCAAUCUCUGCUCACUGUUCCGGAGCACACUGUCAGAUUACAGGGGGCGACACUCAGCUGGGCCCCCAAGGACAAGUCUAGUAAAAAGCACGUCAUGGAACUGAGAACGCGGGAUGGGUGCGAGUAUCUGAUUCACCAUGACUCUGAGGCCAUCACUAAAGAUUGGUUCGCAUCUAUAAGCAAGAGUAUUGGCAAGAGCGUGCACAUAUCCUCAGAUUAUGCCUCAGAGAAUGAGACCGAGUCACUGAGUGAAUUUGGUUCAACAGAGAAGUUAGGAAUAAAAGAGGAGAAGAAGAAUCCUGGACAGAACUCUGACAGUGACCGCAAUGUGCGGGCCAAGCUGAGGAAGUUUCUGCAGAGAAGGCCAACGCUACAGUCCCUCCGAGACAAAGGUUACAUCCGUGACCAAGUCUUUGGCUGCCCCCUGAAUCAGCUGUGCGAACGAGAGAAGAGGGACGUGCCCGAGUUUGUCAGUCAAUCCAUUGAAGUGGUAGAGAGACGAGGGUUGGACAUUGAUGGCUUAUACAGGAUCAGUGGGAACUUGGCAGUCAUUCAGAAGUUACGCUAUAAGGUGGAUCAUGGUGAGAACUUUAGCCUAGACGAUGGUCGGUGGGAGGACGUCCACGUGAUCACUGGCGCCUUAAAGCUUUUUUUCCGGGAGCUGCCAGAACCUUUGUUUCCUUACAGUCAUUAUGAGCAGUUUGUUGAAGCCAUAAAAUUUAGUGAGCAGAAUCAAAAGAUCCAACGCCUGAAGGAACUGAUCCUAUCGCUGCCACUGCCAAACCUGGAGACCAUGCGGCUGCUAUUCAGGCAUCUGUGCAGGGUUAUCGAAUAUAAAGACUCAAACCGGAUGUCGGUCCAGAGUGUCGCCAUCGUGUUUGGGCCGACCCUGCUGAGGCCCGAGCUGGAGGGUAGCAACAUUGCCAUGAACAUGGUCUACCAAAAUCAGAUUGUUGAGCAGAUCCUCAUCCAGUACAAGUUCAUCUUCGGUAGCAGCUGAUGGGCCCCUGAGAGGACACUCACCGACAGUAACAUGAAGGCGCAGGUCGCUUGAAGACGUCUCCCUAUUUAAUGUAUAGACCAUUCCACAUGUACAUAUCCUGAAAAUCAGCUUUAUGGGAAAGGAUUUAGCUGCACAGUGUGAGCGAAAAAGCAAGACAUGUGCCUUAUACUCCAUGUAUCUAUAUAAUAUAAGGAACAGACUGUAUGAAAAGUAUCUGACAAUAUAAUAUUGUGGCGAGCGGAACUCUCGGGACAUUUUGACUGGACGCUACUGGCAGGAACAUUAGGGUCCUCUGUUUUUGUACAGGGUCCUCCAUCACCUUGUCUUUCCCUACCUCUUAUCUGGUUCAGUCUAAAGCCCUUCUGUAUCCACACACACAUGGGUGUGCAUAGUAAGAAAUACAGGACCCCGAUACAUGACAGGAAGGCGGGAGGCCUCUGUGAAUGUCUAUGUAUCCGCAUCACACAUGCAUGCUGUCACUUUACAUCUCUGUCAAUUGUAUCUGUAAGAGGCGCUGAGCGCUGGUUCUAUCAUUCACAAAUACUCACUUGUUUUAUCCAAUUUAUGCAGAGUUUGUUUCCAAUUUUUAGGCGAAAAAGCAGAGGCCAAAGAACGUGCUCUCAGUCAUCAAAAGUGCAAACGUGUUACACAAAAAAAAAAACACGCGCACAAAGGAUACUGUCUAUCACAAACCAUUCUCCGAAAGGAGAGAGGCCCCCAACAAACCUUACCCUUCCCCUCCUGGUGAAAUGGCACCUGCAAGGUUCCAGGUUCAAUGCCCCUUUUUGCCAAAGUUACUAAGGGAACACAAAUGCUCCCGACAUCCACAUAGGUGUUAACCAAGGUAUCUGAGAAAGCAGAGGGUGAUCUGUCAUCCUGCUCUGCACUCCUUUUAUCCUGCUCUUUAGCCUACAUCCUGCUGCACUCUCCUGUAUUGGAGUCAGGAUUAGAGUACAAGUAACAUCUCUGUACAUAGUACACAGGUAUCACCAACAGAUGGUAUCAGCAAUAGAUAACUGCUGCCAAGGCUAAUAAAAUCAUGGGGUGCAUCAAUAGGGGCAUAGAUGCCCACGACAAGGAAACAAUUCUACCGCUGUACAAAUCACUAGUCAGACCACACAUAGAAUACUGUGUACAGUACUGGGCACCAGUGUACAAGAAAGAUAUAGUGGAGCUGGAGAGGGUUCAAAGACGGGCAACCAGAGUAAUACGGGGAAUGGGAGGACUACAGUACCCAGAAAAAUUAUCAGAAUUAGGGUUAUUUAGUUUAAUAAUAAUAAAAAAAGGCUUAGGGGUAACCUAAUAUCUAUUUAUACAUAUAUUGGGGGCAGCACAGAGAUCUCUCCCAUGAUCUAUUUGUACCCAGGACUGUAUCUAUAACAAGGGGGCAUCCCCUAUGUCUUGAGGAAAGAAGGUUUCUACACCAGCACAGACUGGGGUUCUUUACUGUAAGAGCAGUGAGACUGUGGAAUUCUCUCCCUGAGGAAAUGAUUAUCAUGAACUUAAUAAAAUAAUUGAAAAGGGGCCUGGAUACAUUUCUGGACAGUGAUAACAUUACAGGUUAUAGAUAGUAGAUUUAUGUGGAUAGAAGAUUGAUUCAGGGAUUUAUUCUGAUGCCAUAUUUCGAGUCGAGAAGGAAUUUUCCCCCCUGGUAUGGGGCAAUUGGCAUCAGCCUCAUAAGGUUUUUUGCCUUCCUCUGA